AUGGGCUGUUCGAUUCAAAAAAAUAAGCUUCCCUUAUCUCAAUAAACUAUAAAUGUAAAUCAAAUUUAUUAUAACUCAGUUCUCUGGAAUUACUCAAACUCCUUAAUCUACAUAGGAUGUUAUUGAUAGAUAACAUAAUUUGAACGUUUUAAAAUCACUUUUGAGAAACUCUAGUAUAGCUAUUUCAUAACCAAAAUAAACUAAUUGUAGAAAAAGAGUUGCUCAUAUUUUAAAAUAAUGA